UUUGCUAUAUAUCAAUUUAUUACAUUCGCAUUAAUAUCUAUUUUAUUUAAAAAUGGAAACUUAAGCUGGAAAAUUAGGUUUAAGUUCAUCAAAAUUAAAAGGGUUUUAUAGUAAUUAAUAUUAAAAAUGGAAGCUGUGACUUUACCACAAAAGAAGAAAUUAAGCAAAGGGAAAUUUAAAAAGACUGUUAAAAAUGUUCUGUGUAGGCCUGAUCCAGUAUUUUGGCCAGUGGUUUUAGAUGAACAUAAACAUUUAGUAAAUAAAGCUUUAAUGAAGUACAAGAUACCUAUACCAGAAUUCAAAAAAUUACAUUGGAAUGAGCUAAAAUUAAUUCCCAAAGAAAAAAGACCAAAACCACCUAAACUAAAAAAAAUUGAUGGCUUGUUAUUUGGCAUCACAGAAUGCAGUUCUGCUAUACAAUCUGGUGAAUGCUCUGUUAUCAUUUUAGAAGCAGAGGUUAAUCCCAAAUUAAUAAUACAACCUAUUCUAGAGAGUUGCAUACGCACACAAACACCAGUUAUCUGUUUACCAGGACUGAGAAAGAUCAGUGCAGAAUAUUUUGGUAUACCUACAAGUUCCUUAGGACUAAAAAAGCACUAUUUGACUGAUCUUUCAAAUGAAAUAUUAAACAUAGCAAAAUGCUAUGAGAAGAUUGAGGAUGUGCCAAUGGAUAAUACUGAAGUGAAUAUGACAGAUAUUACUAAAAAGGAAGUCAACAUUAAUGUUAGUGAAACCACAAAUAAUGCCAUUAGCUGUUCAUAUUUGUAUAGAACUCACAAAAAAUCAAGAAUCUUUAUACCAUCUAAUGAAACAACAGGCAAAGUAAAUAAAGAAUUUAUUCAGCAGAACUUUAUUGAAUUAUCUAAAAAGGCAGAAGUUAAUAAAAAUAACACUAAUAAGUAUAUGAAAAUGGUGUUGAAGAGACUAUCAAACAAUCCUAAUAGAAUCAAAGGGAAAUGACAAAAUAAUCAAUGACUUAAAUGGUAUACACAAGAUGAAAUUGGGUAAAGCAAGAGAUGCAUUACAUUUCCAUUGGCAUUUAAUCUCGAUCUAAUUUAUCAACUAGAAGGAAAUAUUAACUAAUAUAUGAAUAAAACAUUUUUAAAGAGAAA